UCUUAACUUUCUUUUAGAAUUUACUACAUUGCACAUGUUGCAUUUCAUAUAAUAAUCGUAUUAUCUCGAGGGCGUCCUUAUGUCCUCAGAUUAACAUUCCAAAGCACUAGCAAUUUUUCGUGGACAUUAAAACGCUACGGACAAUUUUCUAUUUUUUUGGAGACUAAGAUUGACGGAAAUGCUGAGAGCCAUGGUGCAGUUAAAAGCAUCGAAGUACCAAAAGACGAAAGGUUUGAAGACGAGCAUGUGAUGGUAAGAUAUUGAGUUCUUCGUUUCRCAUUCACUGAUUUGGUGCUAAUAAUCAAUCAGCAAUUCUGCUUUUCAACAGAUAUACAGAGAAAUAGAACAGGACAAAGCAAAAAUYUUUAACCUGAAUGAAUUGGAUUCAACAAGUGACUUUCUGCAGUUAUUUACUAAGGGGGAAAUGAGCAAUGCUCAUGACUUUGUGAACACUGUUUUAUCAAAAUGUCCGAUCGAAGAGACCUUGGCACUUAUAAGUCGGAYGCUCUCCUUUUUGGACGAUUUACAAGAUGACUCAUCAUCACAAAUGGAUUUUGACAAAGCAGUCCCAGUGUCACCAGCUGAGGACGGAACACUUCAAGAAACAGCGGAAAACACAUUUCUGACCAUACCUAUACACUCGUCGACCCCAAAUACUAGCCUGGAGCUGGAAUCUGCCAGACCUGACACUAACAUGGAAUUGUCCAGUGUGGUGGCGUCAACCAGCAGCAAUUCCAAUUUAAGUUUACCAGAGGAUUCCUCUACUGUCUUUAGGGCUAGCCCCGUCUAUCCGUCUCAAUCACAUUCAUUUCAAUCCUCAACUCCACAUGCACAAGAAAAACAAAAGAGGAAAUAAUCUUCAAGAAAUGUAUAUGGUCCUACAAGAGGUGCCGCCCUUUUCRGCGCGCACCAGUCAGUGCCAGGAAAAACCGUUGGUGAUGUGAUGACCUCAAGUUUGUCGUCAUGUAUGACGUAUGAUAUAGGAUAAUAGCAAGAGAUAAGUAGUAUUGGACAACCCUCGGACAAGGAGCUUGUAAAGAUUGUCGUGAACAAGUACUCAGAAGAAAGAUUAAUAAAAUUGUUAUCAACUUCGGAAUCGUGCAAUUUGAAGGCUAUAACAGUGACCAUCUGCCCAAAUUCUCUGACGAAGGCUGGCCACCUCCAUUUCAAGAGACUGUUGUUUUGAUGAGAGAGUUCCUUUCAAAUAAUUGUGGUUGCCCACCAUGAUCCACAAAUAUAUUUACGUAUCAAAAAGCCUACUUCAACCAUGUAUUUCGAUUGCAAGAAACUCAGACGGCUAGUGGAUAUAUAUCCCUUUAUUAUAAAAUUUCUAAUUUGUCCAACCAUUGUUGGGAAGUUGCCAUGACGAUUAUGAACAUGAUUCAGAGUGGUUCAAUUCCACAACAAGCACAGAGAAAAAGAAAAAACAAAAAAGUUGUAUACCAAUCGUCUUUUUCGUUUCUGGCUGGGCUCGACCCAAUCACAAAAGAAAAUGAAAUAUUUCAAAGAUUGUGCCAAUACAAAAAUGGCGAAAUUCUCGAGAAAACAAGAAAAAUUYCKUCAAAGGCUUCAUCAAGCAAUAAUGAUUUGCCGCAUGUUAUCAGGGAGUUGACAGAAAAACUGAACGCGUCUAAGGAGCAAGGCRCUUUAACUAAAACAGAGAAUACGAAGCURAUGCAAGAUAUAACAAAGCUGAKGCAGGACUUUGAAAGGGGGAGAAAGGAUAUCAUACAGAAAGAGGAACAACUUGAGAAGCUUACUGCUGAAAAUAGUAAUCUCUCUGCGGCUCUUGACAUCGAAAAGAAAAACUCGACAUUCCUAUCUUCAAAACUAGAACAGAAAAACAAGGACAUCAAGCUUCUAAAAAGGCAACUUGAUGAGGCCAUGAAGUCGGAAACGUGUCGAAAAAAAAAAAUCUUCGAAAACCCGUCUAUUAGAAGUGUCAAAUGAAGAUGAAACUGAAGAAAGUUUUUCUCAAAUGGAACUUGAAAAAGUAAAGGAUGCAUACCAAAAAGAAAGAACUGCUAUCAAUGAAAUGGUAACAUAAAUGUAACAUUCCGUCAACGUUUUUUGUCACUUGUGCGUUUGUGAAGUUUCGAAAAGCGAGUACAACAAUAUUACYAUCGCCGUA